UAGUGAGCGAGGUGUCCUAUGUCCCACCGGUCUUUGAACGCAUCACACACUUUUUCGAAGAAAAGUGAGACUUUACCUGCAUAAGAUUCACAUAAGUUUGCUUUUUUCACAAUGUAGAAAUAUGAUGAUUAACGUUAAUAUGAUGGUUUUCACACAGAAGAGGGUUUUAAAAUAAGUUUUCUUUGAGUUGGGCCAGGUUUGUGGAGCUCGGGGGGGUUUCAUGGUGGUAGUUACUGGUUUGUUUUUUGGCACCAGAAGUCUCCACAAACUCAAAAUGUCUCGAUCCGAAAAGGCAGAAAACGGGGAACAACCGACGUUCAACUCGGAUCUCGAACUAAACGGAACAAUAGUGAAUCCAAAAGCGGUUUGUAACGUGUGUAAACGCCUGUACCGGGACCCUAAAAUCCUCCCCUGUCUGCACACCUUCUGCUCGGACUGUAUCUGCCAGCUGGAGCCCUUCUCGGUGUCCUCCUCCUCGCGCCGGGACUCUCCGGAGGUCAGGACGGGUGUGGAAGAGGACCGACCCGCCGUCACCGUCACGGUCCUCUGCCCGCAGUGUGACUCCGAGGUGGACCUCCCCCCGUCCGGACCUCAGGGGCUGAGCACCGACCACCUCGCUCUGGAUGAAGUGUUUCUGGAGACCCUGUUGACGAACGGCCCGCUGGGUUGCGACCUUUGCGGGGAAGGGAGCGCCGAGAGCCGCUGCGAGGUCUGCAGCGUCAACCUGUGCGAGUUCUGCUGCCAGGCACACAGGCGUCAGAAGCGAACAGCAUCUCACUCCGUACAGCGUCUGGAGGAGCUGAAGUCUCGGGGUCGUCUGUGUCGUCCCGUCCUCUGCCCCCUCCACCCGGGCCAGGAGCUCCGGCUCUUCUGCCAGCCCUGCGACCUGCCUGUCUGCCUGGAGUGCUCAGCGACGCUGCACCGUGACCACCGCUGCACCCCCACCAGCGAUGUCAUCGAUCGCCACGGAGACCGCAUCCGAGAGCUGGUCGCUGUGCGCCUUCGACCUCGUCUGGAGCUUCUCAAGGACUCGCUGCAGAAUGUGGACAUAUCCCAGGAGGCUUUGCAGGCACGGGUGGAUGCAACAGCAAACGAAGUAAGGACGUUUGCGCGAGCCUACGCCAGCGCUGUGGAGGCUCACUGCCUGUCUCUGCUGCGCCGCCUGGAGGAGCUCCGUGUGCAGCGCAGGAACCAGCUCCACCUGCAGAGGGCUCAGCUUCAGCAGGCUCUGCUGGACGUCGGCGGCGGUGUUGAGUUCGCAGAGCGUCUCCUGAGCUGCGGCUCAGACGCUGAGAUCCUCAGCGCCAAAGGAGUGACCCUGAGGAGACUCACGAGCCUGGCAGAGGGCAGCUACAACCCCCACCCGGCAGCUUUCACCCCCGAUGACAGCGGCAGCAUCAGCUUCCUGCCCAGGGAGCCGGCGGGGGAGGUGGAGGGCUACCCGGUGGUGGGAGUGAUCAACUCUAAGACGAUGGACCUCAGCAAGUGCACCGUCGACGGCGAAGGUGUACAGAGGGCAGAGGAGGGGCAGCCGGGUUACUUCACCCUGGUGUGCAGAGACUCGGCGGGGGAGCAGGUGUCACGAGGGGGCGAGAACGUCCUGGUCAGCAUUGUUCACAAGGUUAAGAAGAACAGCAAGUUGGAGACGUCAGUGGUUGACAACAGUGAUGGAUCGUACCGUGUCUCUUACACACCUAAAGAGCAAGGAGUCUACUCAGUGUGGGUUUGUGUCAAAGCCCAACAUGUCAAGGGUUCUCCGUUUACUCUGACUGUGAAGAGGAAGCUGAGGCGUCACAGCGGGACGUUUCACUGCUGCUCCUUCUGCUCCAGCGGAGGAGCCAAAGAGGCUCGCUGUGGCUGCCCAGGAACCAUGCCAGGAGGAUUUAAAGGCUGCGGUCACGGUCACAAAGGACACCCCGGGAAGCCCCACUGGUCUUGUUGCGGCAGCACCACGGAGGAGUCUGAGUGUUUACCUGAGAGUGUGUUGGCUGCAGUUUCACCUCGUGGUCACUUACGGACCGUGGAACUGUGAAGGGGACACACAGGUGAGAGCUGUCGUGAUGAGGCAAGUUAAUAACAGAUGGCAGCAACAAAAAGGUUAGAGCAACAGCUAAAGGUUUGGGGUAUAAAUAUCAGGCAGACAUGGAAACUGAAGCUCUGAGGACACAGGGACUGAAGCAGGACAUCGAAGUCUCUGUGUGAGACUGACUGGUAACCGAUAGAUGAAGUCUUUUUACCAUUAUGGACUAUGGACACAAAUUCAAACACCUAAAGGCUUGAAUUAUUUGGACCAUUUACCUUUGGUUUUAAAAUGUGUUUGGUUAUCUUUUAUACAAGUAGAUAACCCAGAUUCCCCUAUUCACACCUGUUUCUAUAACCUCCUAAAAGGGACAGACACUUAAGUUCGGAUUUUGCUACUUCCUACAUCACCUCUACUGGAAGGUUAAGGCCUCAGCUCAUAGUUUACAGUAUAUGUCAGUCCUUCAGCAAAGAAAUUAUCAUUUUGAGAACUAAAAUACCUGUGCCGGCUAUUCAGGGUCCUGAGAUAGGACGACAUAGUCUUUGUUUUUCGGUUGAUGUCAUUCCUACAUGUGGAAGUCCAAAGACGUAUUUUAAAACCAAGCAUAAACUUGUUGUGAAGUGCCUUUUAACAAAGGAGGCAGAGAAGAAGAAAGAGGCAGGAGUAAUAAAAUACAUACUCCUACACAGCUGCAUGUUUCUCCUUCUGAAUAAAAUGUGUUAAAAUCCGCUUUAGGGCACCUUGAAGAAGAGACAUUUUUCACAAUUUUUUUAGUUUUACACAAUAUUCUCUCUUCAAAGGGGACAUAUUUAACCCCUUUCCCCCUUUUCAAACACUCCCCUGUGGUCUAAAUGAAACAUCUGUGCUGUGCUUUAGUCAAAAUAUAACAUUAAUCAAGCACCAGAGGAG